GACGCGGCGGCGGCGGCGCGCAAUCUGAGACAGGCGGGCGGAGGCUGCAUGGGGCGGCGGCGGCGGCGUCGCCGGGUGGACCCGGCGGACGCGGCCCGGGCCCUGCCCGAGGCCAUCGCCGCAUUGAGUCAGACUCUGCCCGCCGGACCCAGCCCCGAGACCUUCCGCCGCGCCAAGUUCGACCGUCCGGAGGCGGCCCCCGCGCUCUGGCGGCUGCUCUUCCGCGUGCUCUCGCCGCAGCUGGCCGACGGCGCCUCGGCCUUAUUCUCCCCGGAGGCCCAGGUCCGCUCUGUGAAGUUGGCGCUGCGCACCCAGGGCUACCCUAGGCGGGCCCUGGCACAGCUCCCGGACGACGGCUCCCAGGGCGGCCGCGAGCUGCUGCUGGCCCUGGCCUGGCUCCUGGCCCGCGGGCCCCUGCCCGAGCGGCUGCUGACCCAGAACCGCGUGCAGCUGGGAGACGAGAUGCCCGUGUGCGAGUGCGAGGCCCUGGCCAGCCCUGGCCCUCCUGCCCCCAGUGUGGAAGCAGACGGCUGUGUGGACAUCCGCCACCUGCAGUGGCUGAUGGGAAAGCUGCGGUUCCGGUGGCGAAACCUGAUGGCCAGUCAGCAGGAGCAGUGCGCCCUCCUGGGCAAGAUCCACUCAUAUACCCGUGGCUGCCACAGCGACCGCAGCCUUGGCCACCUGUCUGUCACCGAAACGGAGCUGCUCAGAGACCCGGAGGGUGGCCGUCAGCUGCUGCGGAGGCUGGAGAGGGAGAACGCGCGGCUGCAGGCGGCCCUCGAGUGGCGGCGCCGGGAGCUGGUCUUCUGGCGGUGGAUGGACACGGUCCUGGGCGCCUGCCCCCCUGAGGCCUCACAGCCCACGUUUCUGCCCAGGAUCCCCACACCAGGGACUGGAGCGUUGGAGCCCCUGGUGCGGGAGCUGCAGGCCCUGCAGGGAGAGCUGCGAGAGGCGGUGGAGGCCCGGCGGGCGGCCUGGGAGGCCGGGGUGAGGACUUGGGGCCCUGGCCCGGGUUGUGCUCGGUGGGGGGCUCCCACGGUGGGACUUGCACCAUUUGGUCUGUUUGCAAGGGGGGUGGGCUCACCUGCCAGACUCGGCUGCCACCCCACCCUGGCCACCCUGAUGGAGGUCUGUUCGUUAUCCCAGGGCAGUUCUGGUGUCGUCCCUGCUGGCUUCCGCUCACACCAUGUGGCCUUUUGGACCUGCUGGUGGACAUGUGUGUCCCCCAGCCCCACCUGGGCGCCACCCUCCUCUCUCCAUGAGCUGGACCGGGCGAGCACCGGGUUUGUGGCUGUGAGCAGUGCGCCACGUGCGCUGCAUUGAUUUCCUUUUUCUGAAGCAUCUUAGAGUAAACUGCAGGCGUGGUUUUCCCCUCAGAUACCCCUGGGGAGCAUGGGUGUUUCCUGGGGGCCUGCAGCGUGGCUUGUUCAGGCCCUGCACGGCCAUGUCUCCUCCGGCCGGGCCAAGCUGGAGCCCUCUGCCCUCUUGGGCAGUGACAGCUGGAGCAACGGUGACGUUUGCAGGCGGUUUCUCACAAGAAGGGGGGCCGGUGCUUGUCUGGGCUCAGGGCUCUUCACGCUUCCUUGUUGCGAACCACGGAGCAGUGCCCACUGAGGGUCGGGGUCAGGGUCAGGGUCAGGGCAGUUCCCUGGGGACACCGAGGGCACAGCCUCUUUGCGCUCCCUGCUGCCUGCAGGGUCUCUGGGAUGGGCCUGCCCUGGGGGCCAGAGGUGUCCUCACCAGGUCGUGUCCUCGGCCUGGCGUCCCCUUAGCCUGGCGUCCCCUUGGGUCAGGGCCACCCCAUGCCACCCCUCUGCGAGGGCGGUGGGAAAGUGGGAAGCCGAUAGAGCAGAGGACAUGCUGACCCCGCCUGGAGUGGUGGGUGGGGUUGGGGGUGGGUGCCCCGAGGGUCUGCACUCUGGGCUCUGAGCAGACCCUGCAGGACUUGGCCUGCUGGGGGCAGCCAGGCGCACUCCCCCUGCAAUACCGCGGUGCAAGAGCUGGGCCUGCAGCUGGGUGGUCCUGAGGGCUCAGGCCCUGCAGGGCUGUCGGGGGUGAUCGAGCUGCUGGCCCUUUCCCCGGGGCCCCACGGCCUCUGGCUUAGGGCUCAGAUGCUCGGUGCGGGUGACAGAGCCUGGAGGAGCCGGGCCUUAGAGCUGGCGCUGGAGCUGCUCCUCUUUGGGCACUGGGAGGGGCUGCAGGACUGCUGGCGGCUGGGGCAGGGCUCAGGGAGAGCCGAGGCCCUGAGCCAGGGUCCUGGUGAGACUGGUCACCCUCUGCUCACUUGCCACGUCCCCUGUGCAGGUCGGAGGCCGUGGGCCCCAGUGGAGCGCUGCGAGGAUGGCCUUGCGGGAGGCCGUGGGACAGGACCUGGCCGCUCUGCGGCAGGCCUGCGAGCGAGGCGGCGGCUGCAGCCUGGC